UCGGACACCAAGUUUCUCGCUCGGGCUCGGGGACGCUUUCGGGGGGUGAGGUCCCUCGGCGUGCACCCCCACGGUGCGAGGCGUGAAGGUGACUUUAUUCCGGGAGGUUUUGUGCCACCGGGAGCUGCUGGAUGCCUCCUGCCCCGGUGUCGGCACCUGGGGGAAACGGGGAGGGGGACACGCACGGGGAGACCCCCGUUGGGGUGAUGCAGAGCGGUCCCCGUUACUUUUUCCGCCUCGUGGUGCAUCGGUGCUGCCCUACUUUUCUCCUUCCCCGCGUGGCCCCGCCGUGACCGGCGAUUCAUUGCUGGGGACACCGGGCUGCUCGUCACCGCCGCUUCUGUGGGGUUGGGGGGCAGCUGUGCCGGGGGUGUUCAGGUAUUUGGGGAGCGGGGAGGGUGCCCGAGCUGGCGGCAGACAGACAGAAAUCCUUUAAUUCGGGAGCGCGCCGCACCGCUCCGCGCGCCCACCCGGCACCUCUCCGCUCAGGAAAGCGGUGAGAAAACCCCCGAGAGGGAAAUCGCUGCCUGCCAAGCGACCUCGUGGAGGGGCUCCUGCUGCAGCAAAGCCCCCAAAAGGCGGCUGGCUGGCACCCCUGUCCCCAGUUCCCCUCAUUUUGGGGCUGAGGUCGGAGCCGCUUUCCCCAUCCCCGCCGGGCUGCGGAGCCGGCGCGAUGUUUAAAAUCAAGGCAGAGCCUUGGAAGGUGACCGGCUGGACUCUGAAUGUCUUUGUAAAGUUUCGGAAUAAGUACUCGGCACCAGGCAGCGUCGCCGUCAUGGGGAAGGACUACUACAAGAUUUUGGGCAUCCAGUCCGGAGCCAACGAGGAUGAGAUCAAGAAAGCCUACCGGAAAAUGGCCCUGAAGUAUCACCCCGAUAAGAAUAAAGACCCCAACGCCGAGGAGAAGUUCAAGGAGAUCGCGGAGGCUUACGAUGUCCUGAGCGACCCCAAGAAGCGAGCCGUGUACGACCAGUACGGGGAGGAAGGUCUCAAGACUGGAGGUGGCUCUUCAGGUGGCUCAGGGAACACUUUCCACUACACCUUCCACGGAGACCCCCACGCCACCUUCGCGUCUUUCUUCGGAGGCUCCAACCCCUUCGAUAUCUUCUUCGCUAGCAGCCGCUCCCGGGUGUUCAAUGGCUUUGACCAGGAAGACAUGGAUAUUGAUGACGAUGAUGAUCCUUUCAGUGCCUUCGGCCGCUUUGGCUUCAACGGCAUUAACGGGGUGCACCGGCGGCACCAGGAGUCCCUGCACACGCGGAGGAAGGUCCAAGACCCACCCGUCAUCCACGAGCUGAAGGUGUCCCUGGAAGAGAUCUACCACGGCUCCACCAAGAGGAUGAAGAUCACCCGCAGAAGGCUCAACGCCGAUGGCCGGACCAUGCGGACUGAGGAUAAGAUCCUGAACAUUGUCAUCAAACGGGGCUGGAAGGAGGGAACCAAAAUCACGUUCCCCAAAGAAGGGGACGCCACGCCGGACAACAUCCCUGCUGACAUCGUCUUCAUCCUCAAGGACAAGCCUCACUCGCACUUCAAGAGGGACGGGACGAACGUGGUCUACACCGCAAACAUCAGUCUUAAAGAGCGUAGGGUAUUCACAUGUGGAGGAAAGCCCGGGUGCUUUGUAGGAGCAAAGGAAACCCCAAGUUUGCUGACACCGGUCUGGUCCCUGCUUGUUCAUGUUUCUGUCCUGCACGGUGCCAGGCACCACCCCACAUGAGAGCAGGGUCACACAGAGAAAAGCAACACCUUGACCUUGCUGAGCGCUGCUUUAGCCCCGAACAGCUGCUUGCUUUGCUUCUGGCUCCCCUGGACAAAGGGCGAAAUCUCAACAAAAAGGCUGUGAGCAAAACCCAGCGCAUCCAGGCUGUCAGUCCUGGAGGUCACAGUGAGACACCAGAGCAGCAAACCGUGUGAAGGUGGGAGAGGAAGGGGAGCUUACCCCAGAACAAGAUGUGCCGUUUGCUGCUGCUGCUGCUGCCUAACUACCUUUUAAUAAAUCCCAGCUGGCAGCUGCAUUUAACAUUGACGUUUUUGGCAGCUGCCAUUUGCUGUUCCUUUCAGACUGUAGACGCUGUCUGUCUUCUUAAUGAGCUGAUUUUUUUUUUUUCUUUUUUUUGAAGACAGAUUUAUGUUCUCAAAUGCAUUUAAUAGAAAUAAGCUCAAUGGGCCAGACCUGAGGUAGGGAAACGUGAGCUCCUGAGUGUGCCAGCAAGUCAGAAGAGCUUUGCAACAGCUCCGCAUCCCUGCUGGGGCUGUGACCAGCUACAGUGGGGGCAAGGGCAACCCUGAGGGGCAGGCAGAGCUGGGCACUCCUGAAACAAAAUCAUCUCUAAUUAACCUGUGGGCUUGGGAGCUGAAUUUCCUUUUGUGUUGCAGAGGGGAUUGGAGUAUGGAGGUUUAUUCCUGCUGGCCCCUCCAGAAAUACUUGGGAGAGACUGCAUUAUUUAUGGAGUCCUGCAUGCCAUAUCUCGGAUGUUUCCUUCUGUGCAUUCCCCUAUCUCUUAAAAUUACCCCCCCGGGAUGGCUGUCCUGAUGUCUGGCCCACGUUGGGUCCAGGUUGAUGCUGCCCCGUGAGCAGCAAGCAGAGCAGCGCGCCCGGCCCCGUGCAGCGGUGCUGUGCCAGGGGAGGUGCUGGCUGCCUCCUGCCCCUGUGAUCUCCAUCCAGCUGCCCGUAAACAGGGCAUUUGCUUCACAUCACAGCAGUCACGAAGAGAGACCGGUGGAAACUGCUGGUCCAGGCAAAUUCCUCUGCUCUUUGAGCCGGGCUGCCUGCUCUCUGCGCUCCCUCGCCGCAGACCGAACGUGCUGGGGAUGCUCGGAGAGAUGCUGGCCUGGCUGCCAGCCCCAGCCUCCCGCUUGCCAGGGCAGCUUUGCUGCUUUUAUCUGACAUGAGAAGAAGUAGCUGAAGUACUCUGAAGCAGGAGCAGAUGCCAGGAGCUCCCCGACACCAUAUGCCACCAUCUCGGUGCGUGGCGGAGUGAAUCACAGCACAACCUCUUCAUUACCUAAGCCUACAGCCUCCGAGUAGCCUCGAGUGCUUUCCUUGCACUGUUCAUCCUUGAGAGUCUGCCUCUUUUAGCUUGAGCCUUGGUCUCCUUAGCUGCACAGCAGGGUGCCAGCAGGCCCUUGGAGCUGUGAUCCCACUCGUGGUCAUGCUGGAGACCCCUGGCCAGCAUCUUACAGCCAAGGGGAGAAAGGCUUCCAGCCAUGGCCCUGCAUUUGGGGCACUGGGGUAGGAUGGGGUGGCAGGAGGGCUUGGAAACUCCAGCAUCUGCUUCCUUAUGGCCCCUUCUUGAACCUGAACCUGCUCUUCCAUCGGAACCAGUAGCACCCAGCACCCACAGACCUUUACCCAUAUUGUCUCUGGUGGUGAUGGGCGAUGCCACCUUGGUGGCUGGGCUGCCACUUCCCAUCCCCACAUCCCAGCACCUCUGGUGCUCGCGUCCUCGUCCCGCAUCCCUCAUCUGGGACGGCUUCUGCCGCCCCAGGAGGUGCGAGAGGGCUUCCCCAAGAGACUCGUGGGCUGCAGGGACGUGUCCGUGCCUAAAAUUACAGGCGCGCACCGCAGUGGGAGGCCGAGGGAGGGCGGAGUGACACUGCUACGGCAGCUGCGCUCCUGGAAGGCAGAUCUGAGGCAGCACCCGCGGGUUUCACCGCGAUGGAAGCGGCGCCUCGCCUCGCGGCAUCCUUCACCUGGCGUCACCUUCCUCGAAGCACCCAGGCGGCAGCAUCCGACGGCCCCCCCGCUGCUGCCCGCAGAGCGGGACCCGCCGCUGACCCAGAUAAAGCUCGGUGCUUGCGGCUCAGCCAUCAAACCCACGCUGGUUUCCUACCAAAAAAAAAACGAACCUCUCUGCAGGAUGCAGGGCAGCUCCGGGGCUGCGCUCGCCGCGCGUCGCCCUGCUAUAGGCGCUCGCUUGCGGGUACUGGUGUUGCUUCAGCUUCCAGCUUCUCAAAUGCCAACCGAGCUGGGCGAGAAGGAUCGAAAACAGGAACAGACGGCGAAGGAGAGAUCGCCUCUAAUUCCUGCGUCUUGGCUCCGGGAAGGAGACACUGAGAUCCUGUCUGUGCGCUCACCGCCUGCCUCUGCUCGCGUCCCUCGGCUUCUGCGGGGCAAGCACGGCGCUGAGGAGCAGCGCCCACGCCGCGAGCCUGGCAGGGGGCUCUCUGCUUGGUGUUCCUGUCCCUUGGGCUGGGUGUAAGCAUCCCAGCCACGCUUCUGCUGCCCUACUUUGGUCUCAGAAGCUCGUUCUGGAAGCUGAAGUAUUCGCCUGGCUUCCCUCUGGCCACGUUGUGGCCAUGCACCCCCUGCUCGCACAGAGCCGGCUUUGAACCUCCUCCUACAGCCCGAAAAAUCCCGUCUGGGAGGAGACCCAGCACAGAUGGGUUGUGCAAAGAGGCAGCAGGCUCCAUCUUUCCUCUUCUCAGCUCACCUGAGCCCUAGAGCCAAGCCCAGCAGGGGUGGCUCUGUGCUGGCUUUGGUGCAAAGCCCUGGCACCGCAGCAGAAGCAGCAGCCUUCAGCCUCAAGCCAGGGGUCAGCGGGGAAGAAGGGCUGUGACUGCUGCUGCUCCCUUUUUCUUUGUCCCUGUUGCUUUUCCUGGGAAGGAGGCUGCAGAACAUCCUCCCCUACUCCCCUUGCAGGGUGUCUUUUGGGGACAGGAGGGCACCGGGACCCCCAAACCCCAUCCCGAGGGGACGAGUGCUUUGCAUGCAGGACAGGACCAGCCCCAUCAAAUCCUCCCCUUCCAGAAGUAUCGCUCCGCAGUCCUCCGUCAGCAGCAGCCUCUCUCCUUGCUGAAAGCCCGGAGACGCUGCUGCCCACGUGUACGGCAGAGCUGUCUGAGUUAUUUAAGGACACCAGGAUUUUCUUGCUGCAUUCCCGCAUCACGUGGCUCGCUAACGCAGGGCGGCUUGCGGCUGCUGCCGGCUUCUGCAGGAAGGCAGCACCCAGCCCCGGGAUGGGGAUGGGAAUAGGGAUGGGGAUGGGGAUGAAGAGGGCAGCCUGGAAAAUCAGCUCCUGGCUUUGCAGUGAGGGGACGUGGCUACUUUGCAAGGGGGGGGGGGGGACGUGGCCACAUGGAGGUCCCUGCAGCAGGGAUGCAAGGCACGCCGGAGCCACUCUCCCCAAGCCUGCAGUUUCGGGGAACCGUCUCGUUCUUGCUUCUUCCUUCUUGGGCCACCAAGGUAUAAAAAUAGCUGCAGGGCAGUGGCGCAGUGCAGUAACCUAACCCUUUGCCUGAGCAGGGGCUGGUGGCAGGGAGCAGCCCUGCAGGGCCCCCAGCUUCCAGGAAAGCGCGGUGCCGUGCCCCGUGCCGGCGUAACCUUCGGGAGGCUUUGGCUGGGGUGGGGGGCACAGGCUGUGCUAUAGAUAACCCCCGGGCUCCGAAGGGUGACAGCUGAUGAACCGCAGAGGCAUCCGAUGAGCUCAGCUGGGCUUUCGGCUUCCCCCCCCACACACCCUGCUGGGAUCCCAGAUUGGGUAGCGAAAGGGCUAAAUUUGGGCUGCCCUGUUGCUGCGAGCCGCGGGGCGCUCACUGGGAGGAGCAGGGGAUGGGGAGCGGGGAUCCUGCCACCCGUGGGGCUUCUGUCCCACGGUGCUGGGGAUGGGGAGCGGGGCUGGGGUCUCUUUGGGUGCACCCCUGGGUGCCAUGGGGCUGGCAGCCCGGCUGACGGCGUCUCCCCGCUUUU